AUGGGCGAAGUUUCUGAUUUUUUAAAUAAGUGCUCAAAACGAAAUGAAAGCGAAGAUGAAAGCGGUAACGCAGACCGCCAGCCGUCUCAGAUUUCCGCUAAUCUCGCCGCAGAUCUUACCGCCACCGCAGUGUCGUCCGGAAGAGCGCGGAGUGAAGAUUCAAUUACUACAUUUGGUUCGACUGAUUUGAAAGACCUGAAGCGAUGCACUCACUGAAUCCAACGAUAUC